GGAUUUUUCUCCCAUUUGUCUGCAAAUUGAACUUUCUCAUUUUGAGUCUCCAGACUUUUGCUUUGAUCGCCGGAGUUCGAUGCGAAAUUGCCUUGAACUCUCAUUUUGUUUGACUCAAAGCAUCAUAUUCAGUAUACCUACUUCACCUUUGCGAGCAAACUCGAUUCAGUGAGACGAGCUCCCCUUCAAAUUGUCCCGUGGUGAGCCCCACGCUCAAAGGAAUCCUUCAAAUCGCGGAACACGGACGCCCUUGAGCGAUGGUCUCUCCCAAGCUUUCUCGUUUCCUCUCAGACUUCACGCUUGGCUUCUCAGAUGGCCUCACAGUACCAUUCGCCUUGACCGCCGGCCUCAGCUCCCUCGGCCGCAGCGAGACGGUCAUCUACGCCGGCCUUGCGGAACUAUGCGCGGGAUGUAUCAGCAUGGGAAUUGGGGGUUAUCUGGCCGCGCGAGACUCUUCACCUGAUACCUCCCGGAUAUCACCGCUCUCGCCUGUGGAUGAGGAGGAACAAGGGAUGUUGUCGUCGGCAGAGAGACACAGCGAGGACGAAAUCGACGAUGAGAAGUGCCAAACAAGCGGGGUGGUAGACGAAGAGGAAGCAGUGCUGCGGUACCUUCAACCACUGGGCUUACCCGAGACAACUGUCACGAUGGUGAUUGGGGCCGUGAGGGCUCAGUCGGGAGGGUUGAGCUGGGUUUCCGAAAGAUUCAACAGCACGCAAGCUAAGCGACCCGGCGCUUUUGUUGAAAUUGACAACGUCGACAAGAGCCAUCUGCUGGUAUCACCAAUCUUUUCUGGUCUGUCAAUCGCUAUCGGAUAUCUUUGUGGCGGGAUGAUGCCCCUGCUGCCAUACUUCUUCGCCUCGAACGUGGGUCACGGGCUUCUGUGGAGCAUCAUCGUCUGUCUCAUUGCCUUGUUCAUCUUUGGGGCCGGGAAGUGCUGGUUAUUGAGUGAUGGGAAGACAUCACGGAUACGAUGUCUGUGGGAAGGACUUCAGAUGAUGUUGUUCGGGUGUUGUGCCGCGGGGGCUGCGGUAUUGUGCGUGCGGCUGGUUGACCAGAAGUGGACUUGAGAUGGCACAUCGAUAGAAGAGAGCUGCACAUUGAUGUUACCACAUUCGCCAGCAAUGAGGUGAUCGAGCAUAUUUUGCAAAAAUGACACCGUUGAUUGCAGGCAGCAAUCAACGCCAUAUAUACCCUACUAUAGCAUGCAAAGCCCGUUCGAUAUACUGAUUAGAAGUUCUGGCCCUGCCUUGCC